AUGGCGCCUGCAGUGGCGGAGGCAGAGGCAGAGUCGGCGGCAGAUCUUGGGCGUCAGCUGGGGAUAUCGCCGGCGACACCCGACAUUGUCCGCAAGCCAAUGCGGGCGUCCGGCACAACCGCCGCAGAUGGCUCUUGCUGCACUGCUCUGUACACCAGCGCGGCUGCUGGCCCCAGAAAGGUGGACAGCGACUGCCUGGCCUCGGUGCCGUCGCAUGCCCAGGAACAUUCUCAGUCCGCCAUGCCGGAGGAUUUGGGCCAAGUGGACUGUGAUCCGGUGGGCACGCAAGAGUCCAGCACCUUGCCUCCACUGGUGGGCGAGUCCACUGGCAAUCUUGCACAGCAAGAGCAGCAGCAGCACCAGGAAGAAGGUGUUGCUAGUGGCAGCGAUGCAGGUGCUGCUUCUCCUGCCCAUACUCCUACUCCGGAGAAGGUGGAGCCCACACCUCGGAGGUGGGGGAAGAAGUCGACCAAGGGGGUUCAGCGGCUCAAAGUGGCCAAAGAUAAAGUGAUGAAGCCCAAGGUGACCACGCCCUGUACAGUCAAGAAGAAUAAGAAGAAAAUGCCAGAGGAUGGUAAUCAACGUGUUGCUGCUGCCAGGUCUAAUAGUGCAAGACGCAAGUUGGAUUUGGAUUCAUCAGAAAGUAAAACAUGUUUCAGCAGAGCCGAGCUGAUGGGUAACUUGAAGUCCCUUGCCAAGAUUCAUGGUUUAAACAGUGAACCGACUACGCGCAAGAGGAGCAAGAGAGGGAAGAAGAGGAAACUGAUGGUAGGACACAACGAAAGUGGUCAGCUGGCACUUUUGCCUUACCAGGCGGCAUCCUUUGCGCUUGAGCCACUUCGGUAUUCAACAGAACUUGAUAUCCCAUGCCCUCAAAAUCAUGGGAAACUGCAAGCUAAGGUUUUGGGCCUUACUGAUGAAGCAUUGAGGGUGUUUGCUGUUCUGACAAAGUGGGAUAGGAGCGACAGUGAGAGUUUUGAAGGGUUUGAUAUUGGCAGCGGACCUGAAUGGGAUACAACACGUCGCACGUUUGAACAAUAUGUGGAUAUAUUUAUUGCUGAAAUGUUUGAUCUAAUAGGGCCUAGAAAAUAUUCUCAGUGGGGAGGAUCCCUAAUUGAUUCUGCGGUUGGUACUUUCCUUACACAGAAUUCUGCUGAUAAUUUAUCAAGCCAAGCUUUUAUGAACCUAGCGGCAAAGUUUCCUCCAAGGAACUCAAAUGAAGCAUUUGAUACGUUUGACUUCGUCGAUUCACAUUUUGAUGGAUAUGUUGAUUCUGAGGAAGAAGUUGACUAUGAUACAGAGGUGAAAGGGCAUUAUGGUGAAGAUGAAGACUACAAUAGACUUAUAGGGAAUUUCGCUGCUAGUAUGAAGGAGAAAAACAUUUCUACUUGGAACAGUGACCUUAUGAACUUAGUGAAGGAUAAAUCUGGAAAUCCAGUAUGCACUGAAGCAAACUUGAAAAAGAUCUUAGCUUCACUACGACAACCAGACACAACAUCUAAUUGGAAAGAGUUACGGGAGGAAGCAUAUAAAAAAGGAUACAAUGGCAAAAGUCGAACUGAAACAAGUGAUGUUGUAGAUUGGGAAUCAGUUCUAAAUGCGCCAUUUUCUGAGGUCGCAAAAUGCAUUGCAUGCAGGGGGCAGCAUAACAUUUUGUCUGUGCGGAUACGGGAAUUUCUCGAUCAUGUACAGAAAGCUCAAGAUGGAAGCUUUGACCUGGAUUGGCUUAGAUUUAUAUCACAUGAAAAAGCCAAAAAAAUUCUGCUCAGUAUACAUGGGUUUGGAGUGAAAAGUGUUGACUGCCUUUGCCUUUUGUCAUUGAGGCAUAAAGCAUUUCCAGUUGAUGUCAACGUAGCUCGCAUAGUGACAAGGCUAGGAUGGGUCAAACUUCAGCCCUUAAACGGUGCUGAUUUCCAUCUAAUUAACCUAUAUCCGCUCUUGGAUGAUGUACAAAGGUACUUAUGGCCUCGAUUGUGCACCAUUGAUAAGGAAAAGCUGUAUGAACUGCACUGUCUUAUGAUAACUUUUGGAAAGGUAGUGUGCACAAAACAAGAUCCAAACUGCAGAGCUUGUCCUUUCAGUGCAAGUUGUAUAUAUUACAAUAGUUUACUUGCCAGAAAGCCGCUUCCUCUUCCAGAGAAGCAUGAACAUGAACGAGAACAACAAGCAAGCAUGGUUGCUUCUGGGAGUUGCACAAGUUCUCAACAAAUGUAUCAGUAUCAAAUUGCAAUAAGCAGCACUACUGAAACACCACCCAUCCAUAACUGCGAGCCAAUUAUUGAGAUGCCACCAAGCCCAGAAUAUGAAUACAACAGAACACCUAAUGUGCAAGAAGAUUCUUACGAAGAUUAUUAUGCAUGUGAUAUUGAAGAUUUUGCACCAGAAGGAGUACAGUAUGAUGCUGAAAUAAAUAUUUGUUCAAGCAAGCAUGUGCUGAACAGUAAUUCUUGGACACCGAACCGUGGAAAGGACUUGGCUGUGAUCAAUCCAAAGGGUAGCUUUGGCCGAAAUAAAAAACUAAAAAAUAUCGGUCGUCUUAGGACAGAACACAACGCAUACGUCCUCCCAGAUGAUCAUCUAAUCCUAGAAGAGUUCGAAGACAGAGUUCCAGAAGAUAUAUGUCCUUACCUACUAGUGGUUCUUUCUUGUCCUGAUGACUACACAGUGAAAGGCACGGUUCUGAUACCAUGUCGGACAGCAAAUAGAGGAAAGUUUCCGCUGAAUGGUACCUACUUCCAGGAUAAUGAGGUUUUUGCAGAUUACUCAUCUAGCCGAAACCCAAUAACUAUACCUAGGGAAUGUAUUGGGAUGCUGAAGAGAAGCAUUGUAUACUUUGGUGCAUCUAUACACUCAAUCACAAAAGGUCAAACAAGGGAAGAUAUCCAGGAAUGCUUCAAGGAAGGAUAUGUCUGUGUACGAGCGUUUCAUCGGAGGACCAGAAUACCACUGCGCCUAUGUGCCACACUGCAUGCUACCAACACCAUAAAGAAACCAACUGGUGAGAAGCCUGUGAAGCGGGGCAGGACAUCGCCGGAGGGGAAGAGGAAGAAGAACGAGACGAAAGCAUCUUCCACUAAGUAG